UGGCUCCCUUCCUUUGUGGAUGGCUUUCUCUAAACGAAACAUUUGAACACAAAUGAACAUGCUGUAAAACGAGAAACGUUUGAAGUAAUAUUUAUAAGAAGAAAGCGAUCACGCCACUCAGAUGGUUGUCUCAGAUAUUGAGACUUUGUGAUGCCUCAUCCAAGGAAUUGGUGGAAUGAGCCUUGCUGCUAGCCCCUGGGCCGGGAGUUUAAGCAGAUGCUGAGCUGUGGAUAAACUGAGAGCGGGAGAAACUGCAUUUGGAGCUGGAGUACAGUGCUGACAUAUUAUUCAGUUACUGAGCUGAGCAGAAAAGUAAUGGCUUCAAAUUUUAAUGACAUUGUCAAGCAGGGAUAUGUGAAGAUUCGUAGCAGACGCUUAGGGAUUUACCAGAGAUGCUGGCUUGUGCUGAAGAAAGCCUCCAGCAAAGGCCCAAAGCGACUGGAAAAGUUUUCAGAUGAACGGGCUGCAUAUUUCCGAUGCUAUCACAAGGUUACAGACCUCAGCAGUAUAAAGAAUGUGACAAGACUACCAAAGGGCACUAAGAGACAUGCUGUACUCAUCAUAUUCAGUGAUGAUACUUCAAAAACGUUUGCAUGUGAGUCAGAGCUUGAGGCUGAGGAAUGGUGCAAGCUCCUGCGCAUGGAGUGUCUGGGCAGCCGACUCAAUGACAUCACCCUCGGAGAACCUGAUUUGUUGACAGCUGGUGUUCAGAGAGAGCAAACGGAAAGGUUCAAUGUCUAUUUAAUGCCAUCUCCUAAUCUGGAUGUACAUGGAGAAUGCACAUUACAGAUAACAUAUGAGAAUAUCUGUCUUUGGGACAUCCACAAUCCCAGGCUAAAGCUGGUUUCAUGGCCUCUCAGUGCACUCAGACGAUAUGGGCGGGAUCCUACUUGGUUCACAUUCGAAGCUGGGAGAAUGUGUGAUACAGGUGAAGGACUAUUCACCUUCCAAACAAGAGAAGGUGAAGCAAUUUACCAGAAAGUGCAUUCUGCGGCACUGGCCAUAGCAGAACAACAUGAGCAGAUGCUACAGAGGGAGAAAAAUUCACGGCAUCAGAUCAAAGGGAAUGAAAGAACAGCCUCAUUAGGUACCAUAAUGCCUCUUCCUCGGAGUGCCUACUGGCAACACAUUGCAAGACAGCACAGUGUAAAUCAGCUGCAUAUCUUUGAAGAUGAUUCCUAUCCAAUGAGGAUUCCUCGUGCAGAAACCAUCCCCAGUUACAGCUCACAGCACUGACGAAUACUUCCCAAAGCUGGAACAUUUUUGAUGGCUCUGCUUCAGACUGUGUCACUGAACUUGCUCAACGAAACAACGAAACAAGCAAGAGGAAUACUGAACGAAACAACGAAACAAGCAAGAGGAAUACUGAACGAAAUGGACCAGGGUUUGAAGGAUAUUUACAACCUAUUUUCAUUUUACAAGUUUGCACUUCCUCUUCAAGAAUUGGAGUAACUCAAAGGGGAAGGAGGAUUGAAGACAAUGAAUAGAAAGGGUGUUUUGCUUUUUCUAAAGAUUUGAGCUUGUGUUCUAAAAAGUACAGCAUCAUUUCCAACCAUGACAAUCAAGUAUUUUUGUUAAACAUGAAGAUUCAAGACUGCGCUGAUCACAAAAAUCCUUAUUUUAAAUGGCAAUGCAUUCAUCACCUGCCACUAAACCAUAACACUAUACAGACUUGUGGUUGGACAUUUUGGUGCUGUUUACAGAGGAUUACAGAUACAAUUAUUUAACUAACACUCGUUCAUUUUCAGUUAGAUACAACAUAUAAUCUUGUGCUUUUCCGGGUGUGUCUAAGGUCUGCAGACCAAUCUGCAUUACAAUGAUAUUGUUUUGAUAACUGUUAGAUUUUUUUUUGGAACACAAUUGUCAAUCCAGCAUUGGAAACUCACUCAGAGGAACAAUUCCUGAGGUUCAAGAUUUAGCAAAGUGAAAUUGUAGUGAGGAGUGUUUGACAGCUUUUUAUGCAUUAAAUCAUAGUCAUCAGUGGUUUGAAGAAAAUUGCUCUGGAUUUGGACUCUUGUCCACCAUUUAUUGUCUUUAAAUUUCAGACAAUAGCUUGAUGUGGGGUAGACAAGACUUAGCAGACUCAGUAAUUCUAAGUAUUAACACUAGAAUACGGGAAAUGGAAAUUCUCAAUGUAGCAGCCAAACUGAGCGAGAUUUCUGAAUCAUGGAAAAUCAUGCUUUUAAACACACCAGUAACCAUUUGUUUCAUGAAGAACAUAGGGAACAAAGGAAUGACAAAUGGAAUUGCAUGAUGCUAAAGCUAAAAUAACUACAAAAAUUGAAAUUCUGAAAAUAAAAUACAAAAUAUUCAAAUCAGUCACCAUUUGAAAGGUUAACUGGAGACAUUGUCAGAACUGGUUUGCUGCAGUGAAGCUAUAACUGUAUCUAUAUUAAAACAUUCAGCAAGUCUUUUAUAGCGUCUAAACACAAUCAACCCAAUUUUAUUUGGAUUAGCCCCAUUAUCAGUAGGCUAUCCCUCCAGGGUGGGGCCAAUUCAGAUUGGCCCCCUGAUUUACAUUACACCAAUUUUACAUUGUAUUGGUUCCGGCAGUGGGAUUAAAUGCUGCAAGAUCUUAAUUGGGCACUGACUUCAUAACAUAUAAAGCAAUACUCAUUACUCAUUAAGUGGAUCAAGGUAAAAUCAGUGCUAAUGAACAUUUACAGAAGUCCCUUUGGUGUAGCUGUCUUGUACAUUAAAAUUCAUAUCAUUUAAAAUAAGCUGGCUGAUCACAUCGCCCUGGUAUUUUAAGAGAGGACACCAGUCUCGAAACAGCAUUUGAAGAGAGCGGUCUUCGACAUUGCCUUAGAGAGUGCUAUAUUGAUCAUCUACAAUGUAGAGAUGUAAAUAAAAGAAUGUUGCAGUAUUAACAAUUAAAGAUUCUUAAUUAGUGUUAAGGAGCAAGCACCCUCAGGGACAGUGUAUGACCAGAUACCAACAAUCCUAAAAUAUUGCAAACUGGUACGUUAAUCCCUCUCUCUUGACUUAAAGCACAAGAUAGAGAUGAUUCAUCUUGAUAGGUCACUGUGAUCCAAGGUUUCCAGUUUGCUGUCAGAAUCCCUUGCAGAAAUGAUCAUCUGUCACUAAUGCUUCAAACUUGACAGCAAUCCUGCCAGGACAAAGCUUGAAAACUGUUUUGUCCCACAAGCCAGCAGAUCUCACUGAUGGAGAGAUGCAGGACUGAGCGCACCACCAUCUGCUGACUAGAUUCUGAUACUUAUCACUGUCCAGCGUGUGCAGUAACUACUUGAGAGCUCCAGGAGAUUUAUUUUAGAAUAUCAAGGCUCAGUAUAAUGAUGUUCAGUAUUUUCUAACCAACCUGAAGCACAGGGGACUUACUUGGGCCUCUUGGUUCAGGGGUAGAGACACUACCGCUGUGCCAAAAGUGCAACUAUGAAAUAAAUUUUAAAAAAGAAAAUAGUUUGUUUUUUCUGUGUUUACAAUCAACCUGUUCUUGCACAUCUCUGGUGCAGGGGAGACUCGAACCUGGGUCUCUUGGACCAGGGCUACAAGAGCCCAUGAACUAAGUGCUUGAAGAGAGAAGAAUGAGAAUCACCCAGUCAUGUAAUUCAGCGUGAAAAUCUGUGAAAAAAGACCAAUUCCAUUUGGUGAAAAAUCUUACAAUUCAGUUAUACUGGGCACUGGUAUUUUCUUUAUGAUUAGUGUUUCUAGCAAUGUGAGUUUAAUAAUUGGUUAGGUGAUAAUUGUUUGGUACAGCUUAGUACAAUUAAACAUUUACAUUUCAAAAGUGUAUUUGCAUCUGCUCUCCUGCAAAAUAGCAGCAAAAAAAAAAAUGGUGUUACGGCAAUAAAGCUUUUGAAGCAACUGCUGCAGGGAUGUAGUCUGACUGAAAAUUUCCCACUGAUGGAACAAAUCCAACUUCCCUAACAUGGGAAAACAUCGACUUCACAAAGAAACACACUUCAUAAUGCAAAACGUACUUAAGCAAUUACGGUUGACGGAAUUUGUGCUUACCAAUGCUAAACUAAGUAAUAGUUGUCAGUGAUCUGUGAUUGGUGAGGUUAUUACAAGUUACACAAUUUCUAGGGGCUAAAUUUUCCAUUAGGACUUGGAAAAACAUGACUUGUGCAAUCUUGUCAUACAUUCGUGCACACUUGACUCACGUAAUUUUGAGGGAUAUCUGUCUUCUCACACAGGAACUGGGUUUGCAGCACAGUUUGUGAGGCAUGAUGGUGUUCAUGAGUGUAGGUGCAGAGACAGGGUACUAGCCCUCCAAUGCAACAACCCAGCUCCCAACAUUUCAUCUCUCUCACUCUCAACUAUCCACAUCAAAUUCCAGCCAUGCACCUCACAUUCCCCAAUACAGGUCUAUGCCUCCAUAUAUCCUUCUAAUACAGCCACUGAUCCGAUAUGAUUCUGUUUAAAAAAACACACAUUUCUUGGUAACGAUGCAAUAAUAAUUAAAAUUUUAAAAUCAUUGGAAUACCCUAAAUCUGACGUCCAGACAAUAUCAAAAAACUCAUGCAGGUAAACAAAGUUAUCAUCCAUUAUAGUGCCUAUUACGUUAGUAAGCCAACAAGAUACCACAAAAUCUUUUACUAUAGACUCAUAAGUGUUUCGGUUUCAGACAUUCCUGGAUCAAUAAAGUCAACUGCUGAACUGAAGCUCUUGAAACCCAGCCAUAGUUGUAAGCUAUGAAUAGCAUAGAAUCACUUAAUCCAAUAAAAGCUUCCAGAUACACUGACAAAACAGAUUUAGAUUUCUAUUUGAAAUAAGUUUACCUCCACAUGCAGGGAUUUUUUUUUUGGAAAAAGCUAAUCUGUCAGUUUAAUUAAUCUAGAACAAACAUGGCAGCACAGGACAGUCUUAAAAAUGUUUUAAGACUUUAUAGUAUUUUGAGAAAUUAGGAAAAUGCAUAAUUGUUUAUGUCCAUUAUUAUAACGCAUAAUUCCCAUCAGUUCUGAGGAAGGGCCACCAGACCCGAAACAUUAACUCUAUUUUCUCCUUCACAGAUGCUAUCAAACCUGCUGAGCUUUUCCAGCAAAUUUGUUUUUGUUCCUGAUUUACAACAUCCACAGUUCUUUUGGUUUUUAUUAACAAUUAUGCAAUGCUGGUUGAUGUUGUGGCAACUGAUCUUCCAAGAACAGAUUCCUAUCAUGGAAUGAAAAACAUUGAUAUAUAACAGUAUGGAACCCAGUAGUAAUGAUGGAAGGUGUUACCAUUCAGUAUAUCCUCUGCUUCUCAACAGGCCUUUUUCAGAAUCUAUCAUGUUUAACAUCCUUUUGAUAGGACACCUGAACUCUGCAUCCUCCUCUUCAGAGCAACGAUUGAAUUGUUCUUGUCCUCCCUUUUCCCCCACCAGCCUCCAUCUUCAAUAGAUCAUACAGUGCCAUUCCCAAAUGAUUCCACCACCAACUAUAUCUCCUCCCUAUUCUCCUUUCAGCAUCCAAAAGGAUGGUUCCAUCUAUAAUACCCUGAUCUGCUUCUCAGUCACUCCCAACAUCGGUGCACUCUCCAACAGAAAGUAACAUUGCAAAUAAUGGGAGAUGUUAACGUCUGUUCUUUUAAAUCCUCUCUUCUCAUCAUCCAAAGCCCCAAACACACCUUUCAGGUAAAUUUACACCUAUUUGUAACAAUUUAGUACACUCUAUUCACCAUGAAGAAUGUAGUGUCUAAGGAGAGCAGUUCGAAGCUGAAUGACUGCUCUGCUGAACAUUUCUGUUCUGUCUGCAAGUGUGACUCCAAACUUCCAGUUGCUUGUCACUUUAAUUCUCCACCUCGCUCCCACCUUGACAAAUCUGUCCAUGGCCUGUUGCAGUGUUCCAGUAAAGCUCAAUAUAUAUUCAAAGAAAAGCAUCUCAUCUUUCACCUUGGCUCCUUACAGAGUGAACUUGAGUUUGCAUUCUCUGUGUCCAUUUUGUUAAUCCUUGUUUUUUUUUCCUGUUUUUCUUAUUUCCUUGACCUUGCUUUUAAAUAACAGGGCUUCCGAUCCUGCCGUUCAUCUUGCCUCUGGAUAUGUUUGUCCGAUUACCAUUCCCUUUCGUGAAACAUUUAUCAUUCAACCUAUCCUGCUCUCCAUUUGUUGCUUGUUACUUCUUUUCUUCCCUCCAACUCAUUCAAAAUCUCAUGUCUUUCUAACUUUUCCCAGUUCUGAAGGUCAUAGACCUCAAGUACUAAUUCUGCCUUUGUCUCCCCAGAUGCUGCCUGACCUUGGAAUAUUUAUAACAUUUUCUGUUUUAUUUUAUUUCUUGUACAUCAUUAUUGACAUUGGAUUAUGACACUCUGUAUUUUCUUGUUUGAAACAAUACUGUUGAAAUUAUUUU